UAGCUCCUAGGUUUAUUCGGAUACUCAAACCCCUCCACCACGUUAAGGUUGCGAUUCAAGGAGGGAUUUUUUUUAUAUUGAUAUUAAAACAUAAAGUUUCACAGUUAAGAAACUGUUCAAUUCACAUCGUGCAGGACUUAAUCUCAAAGCAGCAGACGACUGGUGUUUCCAUGACCCUGACCUUAUGACGAGAAUUAAUAUGCAAAUGAGUGAUGAGGACAGAAAAAGGAUAAGUAAGCUGCACCAGGAAGACCUGGGGUCAGUACAGCACUGUCUUCUAUAGGACCCAAACAUGGAGGCUCUGGAGGAGGGCGACUUCUGCUUUCCUCACAUCAACAACUCCUGCAGGUGGUUAAAACGUCCUGAAGUGGAGACCACGCUAAUUUACAUUGUGCUGUCCAUCAUCAUUCUGCUGACUGUGGUUCUAAACCUGCUGGUCAUCAUCUCCAUCUCCCACUUCAGACAGCUCCAGACCACCACCAACCUCCUCCUGCUGUGUAUGGCUGUCGCUGACUUCCUGGUGGGUCUCCUGCAGAUGCCACUUCUGCUUCUCCACAACCAGGGCUGUUGGCUCCUGGGCGACGUUAUGUGCGCUGUGCAUUACUUCUUAGGAUUCGUCGUGAUCAGUGUUUCAGUGGGAAGCAUGGUUCUCAUUUCUGUCGACCGCUACAUCGCCAUCUGUGACCCAAUGUUCUACACCACCAGAGUGACUAUGGCCAGAGUUAAGUUCUGUGUCUUUAUGUGUUGGAUUUGUUCUCUUGUCCAUGCAAGUUGGAUACUGGGAGAUUUCCUGAAAAGGCCAAACAUGCAUAAUUCAUGCCAUGGAGAUUGUGUAGUCGUUGUGAAUUUUGCUGAAGGAAUAGUUGACCUAGUAGUGACCUUUCUAGGCCCUAUUUUAAUUAUUGUAAUCCUUUACUCUCGAGUAUUUGUGGUGGCUGUAUCUCAGGCUCGGGCCAUGAGAACUCACGUCGCAGCCAUCACUCUGGGUCGUCCAGAAAAGGUGAAAGCAGAGAAAUCUGAGGUAAAAGCUGCAAGAACUCUGGGUAUUGUAGUGGUCGUGUUUCUCCUCUGCUCGUCCCCGUACUAUUGUUUUGCUGUUGCAGCUGAAACCAACUUGGUGGGGGCUUCAUCUGCAGGAAUUGAGAUUUGGUUCCUCUACUGUAACUCGACUCUUAACCCUGUCAUCUAUGUCUUUUUCUACCCCUGGUUUAGAAAAACUAUUAAACACAUUGUAAGCCUUCAGAUACUGAAGCCUGGCUCUGGUAAAAUCCAGGUCUUGUAGGAAAUGAUGCAAUGAUCUGGCCAACACCGAGGCCGUUGAAAUCUCCAAUUAAAAUGUGAAAUGUGUCAAUUGUGUGAAUCGUUUUGUCACCUGAAACAAAAUGACAUAUAAAUGUGUUAAAUAUCGUUACAAAACAUGAGGCCUGCCACAAAAAUGUUGUUUCCUAUCUGAAUCAUCGACUGGAAUGUCAUCAACAGCCUGCUUUCAAGCCAACAUGUUCCGAGGUACCAAUAAGUCAAAGCUGAUCCGCUGACUUUUCUUCAUGUCGGUGAUUGAGUUUGUUAGGUAAUUCUUUGUUUUAAAUUGACAAUCUUUGUAAAAAAAAAAAAGGUGAAAUUAUAGUCAGUAUGAGCAAAUGUACUUCAUGAAGUUGAACUUUCUUAUUACUGGAGUACUUCGAGUCAAGUCAAAAUUCUGUAUUGCACAUUUAAUGCUUUCUAUGUUUAUACAUGUUAAAAAAAAAAAACCUAUAUCCUCGCUUUGUAUUGAAUAAAAUGACUUGAAUCACUUAUAUGUUACUCCUGCACUGACAGCCUACCACCACAGCCAUGUGCCGCUGCUUUUGGACUAUUGUCUAUUGUUAUUUUAUCUAAAUUAUUGUGAAGACCCUUCGUCCAUUUAUACUGUAGUACUGCAAAGCAUAGAGAAAUGACAUUUCCUGUAUGUCCUGUACAUACAGCCAAGUUGACAAAUAAAAACA